GUCUCAGUGUCAGUCUCAACAAGACAGCAACGUAACGUAACGUAGGCGAAAAGUGAAAUUGUGCCAAAAAAAAAAAUAUAUGGUCAAAAUGCUGCGAAAUUUGUGCAUAUUCAUAAUACUUGGCGUCGAAAUGUCGCUGGCUCAGCGACCCUCGUUCGCUGGCAUCCGUCCGCCCGGUGGGCUUAAUCAGAAAGAUAAAUAUCUGGGCACACAGAAUACGGCAGUGGAGAAUCUAUCCGGCGUUAGCAUUGCCACACGAUUCGGCGAGGAGGCCGUUGCCCAGAAGACGCCAAUUAAUCUACCAUUUGGCGCCUCACAAAAGCCGCCAGUGGGCGUGCCCCUAGUGCUGCCCGUCAAUAAUUUUGUGCCACUGUCCGACCCUGUGCCAGUGGCGCCUUCACAACAGUCAUCAACAACAGCCGCGACAAGCGUGGUAGGCGUGGCCAAUCGUUUUGGUGGCAGCAAUGAUGCCACGAUUCCACUCAGCGGCACCGCGGGAGUGGCAACUGCGGCUGCCAGGCCAGCGGCCAAUGCGCUGCCCAUCGAUGCACGCGGCGAUCAGGCGUAUGUGAAUCAUCUGAAUUCGCUGCCCGAGGAUCAGCGUCCGUUCUGGUUCCUCAACUAUCAGGCUAUCGAAGCAUUGCGCAACAGCAGCAGACCCAAUGUGAAUGCAGUUGAGAAUCGGGGAUCUUUCUUUGCGGGCUAAAAAACUUGCUUUUCAGCUUUUAAGACAUUGCUUUCUUAAUAUAAUUAAAACUAAGCACUCUCGUACAUAGAAACAAGUAUGCGCACACUCGAAAACAAAUGAGUGGAAUUACACAAAACGUGAGCUAAGUAUUCCACGGAAUCUGAAUCUGAGAUGGCGAUAAUAAUUCAGUGAAUUAUUAAGUCUCAAGUAUUUAAAUAAAUACAUUUUGAAUUGAUCACAUACACUUCUGUAUAUGAGGAAAAUGUAAAGCAGUUGCUCAUUAUUGAAUUUGUAAAUAUUAUUUAUUCAUUAAUAAAUUAAUGUACAUUUAGUUUA